AUGGCCCUUAUUCCUAAAACAAGUCAUCCUCAAUCUUUAAAUGAUUACAAGCCUAUUUCUCUCAUUGGGUGUAUGUAUAAAGUCAUAGCCAAGCUUUUGGCAAACAGGCUGAGGAGUGUCAUUUUUGGUAUUGAGGCUUCUUGGGAGAAUGUUCUUGUCUUGAAGGCAAUGCUUAGAGGCUUUGAGAUGGCCUCUGGUCUGAAAAUUAAUUAUGCUAAAACUCAGUUUGGGAUCUUUGGCCAAUGCUGUUAUUUAAUUUUGUAUUGCAGAGUUUCAGUUUGGGAUCUUUUGCUUUUUUCUUGCAAGGUGGACCUUGUGUGUAUCCAAGAGACCAAAAGGGAGGACUUUAAUAAGAACAUUUGUCAAGCCAUUUGGGGGGACUCGACUGCUCAGUGGGAUUGUGUUCCUUCUGUGCAAGCUGCUGGUGGCCUGCUAUGUAUGUGGAAUAACUCCACUUUUGAGGUAGAUAAGAGGGAGAAAGGUAGAAGUUUCUUAUUGCUUGAAGGGAUAUGCAUUAGCAAUAAUCAAAAGUUGUUGAUUGUCAAUGUCUAUGCUCCAUGUGAUCUUGUUGGGAAGAAAGCUUUAUGGGAUGACCUGAGGCAAUUGAAGGCCUCUAAUCCAGGGGGAUUGUGGUGUGUUAUUGGGGACUUUAAUAGCAUUAGAAGUUCAGAGGAAAGAAUCAGCUUAUCUCAAAGAAGGGUAGACCCACAUGACAUCUCAGUUUUCAAUCAGUGGAUUUCUGAUAUGGAGCUUCAGGAAAUUAAGUGUGUUGGGUCUAGCUAUACCUGGAUUAGGCCUAAUGGUUAUGUAAAAAGUAGGCUUGAUAGAUUCUUGGUCUCAGAGCAAUGGUUAUCUUUGUGGCCUGAGAGUUGCCAACAUGUUCUACAAAGGGAUAUCUCUGAUCAUUGUCCAAUGAUUCUGCAAACUAACAUGGUGGAUUGGGGUCCUAAGCCCUUUAGGGUGUUUGACUGGUGGCUGCAGCAGAAAGGGUAUCAAAAAAUGGUGAGGGAGGCCUGGAGUAAUGAUCAGCAGGGAGGUUUGGGGGGUAUUGUCCUUAAAAAUAAGCUAAAAAACUUGAAAGCUGCUAUAAAACAGUGGAGUAAGGGAGUGGGGAAUAUUGAUGUCAAUAAGAUAUUCAGCAUUCAGCAGAAAUUAAAUGAGGUGGAGGAUCUAGCCUCUAAUCGAAUUUUGUCUGACCAAGAGCUCAAGGUCAGAAAUUCCCUUCAGCAAGAAUUAUGGAAUGUUUCAAAUGCAGUGGAAUCUCUUUUGAGACAAAAAUCUAGGGCAACAUGGUUGAAGGAAGGGGACUGCAACUCUGGUUAUUUCCACAGAAUAAUAAAUUACAGGAGAGCUUUCAAUGCUAUUCCAAACAUCUUUAUUGAUGGUGUGUGGGUCCAGCAACCCAAUACGGUGAAGAAUGCAGCUGCUAAUUUUUUUCAUACCUAA